AUGAUUUUAUACCCCCACAAGUAUUUGCCGAAUACGGUAAAAUGCAUGCUGGCGGCGCAUAUUUACAGUUUCCCUGUGGAACUGUCCGAUGAUUUUUUCUACACAAGGAGCUUUGACAUAGAGAAAAGUCUUGUGGUGAAUAAGAAGCCUCUACUGGUUUAUGAAAAUAAUUACGUGAGUUCAACGAAGGCUAUAUGUUUUCUAUUCCAUCGUUUGCGCAAUGCGGAAAGUAAGAAAUGUGUGGACAAGAAACUACAGAUGUACAUGUCGUGGGUAGAGUGGAGUGACAUGUUGGAGAAGCACAUCGAAGUGUUAAAUAAGAAAAAAAUAAUUGAUAGUUUAGAUGAGUUGGAAAGUUAUUUAAAAGAAAACCAAAAUAAAAAUUUCAUAUGCAGCUGUGAACAAGACUCUCAAGGGGAUGGUAACGACAAAAUAACCUUGGCAGAUAUUUUUGUUUACAUUUCGCUGACCCACUGUAAUAUUGAAAUAUGUGGGGAAAGUUGGAUACAUAUAAACGAAUACAUACAAAAAAUAAAUCAAUUGGAGUAUGUGCAGAAAAUUUUAAAGGAUGUAGAACAUAUUUAUAAAUAUAAAAAUAUUUAUAAUUUAUUUAUUUCAAAAAUUCAUGAAAAGAAUAUAAACUCUUAUUUGAAGAAGGAGAAAUUUUACAUAACUACAGCCAUUAACUAUGUGAAUGGAGACCCCCAUAUUGGACAUGCUUACGAAAUAGUACUGGCAGACGCCAUUGCUAGGUAUCACAAGAAUAUAGGGAGGAGGGUAUUCUUCACCACAGGUGCUGAUGAGCACGGAAUGAAAAUUGCAAAUCAGGCAGCAAGAAAUAAUCUUACUCCACAGGAAUUAUGCGAUCAAAAUGUACUUAAGUUUAAGGAGUUAAACAAAUUACUCCAUGUGGAUGAGGAUUACUACGUGAGAACUACUUGUGAUAAGCAUAAAAAAAUUGCGCAAGAAAUUUGGACGAAGUGUGAGCAGAACGAAGAUAUUUAUCUGGGUGAAUAUGAAGGAUGGUACAACGUUCGUGAGGAGACAUACGUACCUGAGAACGAAGCGAAGUUAAUGAAUUAUAGAGACCCACUGAAUAAUAUUAAGUUGGAAAAAAUGAAAGAAUCAUCCUACUUUUUUAAAAUGUCGAAAUAUCAAGAAAGGUUAAUUAACUAUAUACAUGAGAAUCCACAUUUUAUUCAACCGGAACAGAAAAGGAAUGAAAUUUUGCAGAGACUGAAAGAACCCUUGGCUGAUUUGUCCUGUAGCAGAACGAAAUUUUCGUGGGGAAUUCCUGUCCCAAGUGAUAACAAGCAUGUUAUGUAUGUAUGGAUGGAUGCUCUCAUAAAUUAUUAUUCUAGUUGCUUCAUCAUGGAUGGGAAGGAAGAUUAUUGGCCUGCUGAUGUUCACCUCAUCGGCAAGGACAUCGUGUGGUUUCACACAGUUAUCUUUCCCUCCAUUCUCAUGUCAGUAAAUGUGGACCUACCGAAGAGUGUAUUUUGCCAUGGAUUUGUUCUAGCUGGGGAUGGGAAAAAAAUGUCCAAAUCGUUAGGCAAUGUGAUAAAUCCUUUUGAAAUUAUAGAAACUUAUGGAUCGGAUGCUUUUCGCUUCCACGUUAUUAAGGAGACCAAGAGAGGAUUCGACAUGCGCUUCGACAUUGAUAAUCUGGUCGAUAUGUGUAACUCCGACUUAGCCGACACGAUUGGAAAUUUGGUCCAGAGGACCUUAUCCCUCUGCCAGCUAUCAAAUGAGUCGAAAAUUCCUCCGCUGUUUGAGGAGUACAACAUCGACUUGCCCUUCAGCCUCCUCCACUUUAUUAACAGCGUGGAGUUCCACAUGAAGACUUAUUGCGUCCAAGUGUGUUGUGAAAAAACAGUAAACGUGUGCAAAGAUUUAAAUAAAUUUCUCACCGAGUUGGCUCCAUGGAAAUACAAAAAUGAAGAACAGAAUAAAAAAUUACACAUCAUUAGGAUUAUGAUGGAGGCCAUUUAUUUAAUUGCCCAUUAUUUGGAUAUUUUUAUUCCAUCCAUUGCUUCACAAAUUUUCAAAAAAUUAAACACCCCUAAGAAGAGUAUCGUUGAUUUAAAUCCCUGGUUGAAUAACCUCCAAGAAGGAGCACAAAUUAAUAACGAUAAUAUUUUAUUUAAAAAAUUCGAGGUGGAAAGUGCGCAAAUCAAAAUUCAGAAGGUCGUCAUGCGUGUGUGUAAAAUUGUAAAUAUUGUAAAGCAGGAGGAAAAUCAAAAAGCAUGCACCAUUUUUGAAAUUGAGGUCGAUGAUAAUGAGAAGCACCUAGCUGUUUUGUAUCUUCCCACACCCCCCAACUGUAUCAACACGUUCACCGUUGCGAUUAUGAAUAUAAAGCCCAUCACCAUUAACAACAUCACCGUUAAUGCUAUUAUUCCGCAUGUCAAUAAGGAAGUGUUUACCUUUGCGAAGGAGACGAAUAUGCAGACGGGGACAUUAAUUAAAGCAAAGAAUUAUAAAACGCUGGUAAAGCAGCGGGAUAAUUUAACCAAAAAGGAAGUGAAUACUUUGGAUCUCUCCAUUAUUAAUGGCCACUGUUUUUUUGAGAAAAACGUGCCCUUGGUUUUCGCCUCAUCGGAGGAUAUGCCGUUUUACCACUCCACGCAGAGCAGCGGGCCCCUCAAGUUUUUUUGA